AUGCGAUUUUCAGGGCCAGACCUUCCAGAGGAUAUCUGGUGUCAUAUACAUGCCCUACUACCACUGCCUGAUGCUGCCCGAGCUGCCUGUGUGUCUCGUGAAUUUUUACAUUCCUGGAGAUGCCGCCCCAAUCUCACGUUCAGUCAGGAAACACUGGGCGUGAACCUCACCUACUGUGAGAGAACACUGAGGACUGGAGAGGAGAAACUAGCUUUGAAGUUCACCAAAAUAGUUGACGAAAUUAUGAAAAAACACACAGGCAUUGGUGUGAAGACAUUCAAGCUUCAGUACUGUGGUUCUCGUAUCUACACCAGUCGCCUCAAAAGUUGGUUUAAGAUUGCUGUUAACCCAGGGCUUGAAGAGCUUGUACUUUCGCUGCCUGUAGUAGUAUACGAUCCAAAGUACUACAACUUCCCAUGCUCACUUUUGUUCAAUGGAAGUGGAAAAUCGAUUAGUUAUCUAAACCUCAAAGGUUGUGCCUUCCAUCCCGUGGCUGGACUUGGUUGCUUGAGAAAGCUGCAUCUGUCUCGGGUACACAUCACUGGUGAUGAGUUAUGGUGCCUUCUUUCCAAUUCUCUUGUUUUGAAGGAGUUGAAUCUUAGCCAAUGCAAUAAGAUCACCCGCCUGAAGAUACCGUGCCUGCUAAACCAGUUCAACCACCUGACAGUGUUUGGAUGCAAAACACUGGAACUGAUAGAGAACAAAGCUCCGAAUCUUUGCACAAUUCAUAUUGAUACUACUCUCCUACGACUUCUAUCUGGAGAUUCAUUGCAAGUGAAGAACCUAGAGAUGUUGUGGCCCUUGGAGUAUAACCUCGUUUAUUAUGCCCGUGCCGAGCUUCCACGGAUUAUGCCAAAUCUUGAAACUCUUAUCAUUUCUUCAGCUGGUGAGGUUCUUAAUACACCAAUCGUACGUGCCAAAUUCCUGCACCUCAAGCUAUUGGAGAUUUGUCUUUCUGUUGCAGAAGGGGCCUUUUCCCCAGCUUAUGAUUAUUUGUCUCUAGCUUUUUUCCUGGAUGCUUGUCCUGUGUUGGAAACUUUCGAAUUGUCUGUAUACCAGACUCGCAUGAAGCAUGAUUCUGUAUCUGGAGAUUACUCGCUUCUGAGAAAGAUGCCAGAACGCCACCACGUCAGUAUCAAGAACGUGAAGAUUGAUGGCUUUUGCUCUGCAAAGAGCAUGAUUGAGCUAACAUGCCAUAUUCUUGACAGUGCAACAUCACUCGAGAAUCUUACACUAGACACCAUAUAUGGUGCUGAUUAUGAGCAUGUUGAUAGGUUGGCUGUCCAUGAAAUUGGUGGUUGCAGCUCUCCUAUAGGAAAACGUAUGAUCAGAGAUGCCCACAAGGCAGUUUUGGCUAUCGAAAAAUACAUCGUGGGGAAGGUCCCCUCUAAUGUUCAGCUAAAUAUCAAGAAGCCAUGCAGUCAGUGUCAUUCUGUCAAAUGA